AUGUCAGUGGAGACUGGCAGACCCAUGGUGAUCCCACUGCACAGAUGGGGAGCUGAGGGGCUGUCAGGAGACAGUGGUGGCGAUGGUGAGGACAAGUACAGAGGCUGGACUGGAGUUCAAGAUGCUCAGGGGCAUAAGGCCACUUCCAGCACUGUGCGCUGUGUGGCUGAAAGUUACCCUACUCCUCAGAUUAAGUGGUUUUACUGUGACCAACCUCAUUCAAGAUGCUCCAAUUUGCUGAACGCCACUCAGGAGGAGGAGGAUGUUGUCACUGUAACCAUGACAAAUCCCCCCUUUGGGAAAGGCACAGUGGAAAGACUAAACAUCACCAAGAGUUACGCCACCCUUGAAUGUGUGGCAUCUGCCAAUGGGGAAAUCGUUUACACACUCUUUGCUAUCAGCGAAAACACUGUUCCUCAUGAACUCUUCACACCAUUGCUCAUCGGUUUUGUUGCUGCGGCUGUUAUCCUGGUUCUCAUCCUGAUUGUGCUAUCCUACAAGUACAUGCAGAAACCUAAAUACCAAAUACAGUGGAAAGUCAUAGAAGGUAUCCAUGGAAAUAGUUAUGUGUAUAUUGACCCCACCCAGCUUCCAUACGACCACCAGUGGGAGUUUCCCAGAGAUAAGCUGCGUUUUGGAAAAACUCUAGGAUCUGGAGCAUUUGGGAAGGUGGUAGAGGCCACUGCUUAUGGGAUGUCCAAAGCAGACACUGUGAUGACCGUUGCUGUGAAGAUGCUCAAACCAAGUGCCCAUGCCACCGAGAAAGAGGCUCUGAUGUCAGAGCUGAAGGUGCUUAGUUAUCUUGGCAACCAUAUUAACAUUGUCAAUUUGCUGGGGGCCUGCACUGUUGGAGGUCCAACUCUAGUUAUAACGGAGUACUGCUGUUUUGGUGACCUGUUGAACUUCCUGCGCAGAAGGAGAGAAUCCUUCUACUUCACUACACUGGGAGAAGACUCUUACUAUAGAAACGUCAUGCUGCAGCCAGAGCCAAAUGAGAGCAGGAAUGGAUACAUGACCAUGAAGCCCUCGGUAAUGGGACUUCUGUCCUCUGAAAACCGAAGAUCACUUAAUAAAGGUGAUUCAUACAGCGAUUCAGAUGCCGUUAGUGAGAUUCUGCAGGAAGAUGGCAUGACUAUGGACACUGAGGAUCUUCUUAGCUUCUCCUACCAAGUAGCCAAAGGGAUGGAUUUCCUGGCAUCCAAGAACUGUAUUCACAGAGACCUGGCAGCCAGAAACAUUCUUCUCACUCAAGGCCGGGUGGCCAAGAUCUGUGACUUUGGACUAGCCCGGGACAUCACUACUGACUCAAACUAUGUUGUUAAGGGCAAUGCUCGUCUCCCGGUGAAGUGGAUGUCCCCCGAGAGCAUCUUUGAGUGCGUGUACACCUUUGAGAGUGACGUCUGGUCUUAUGGUAUCCUGCUGUGGGAGAUCUUCUCUCUUGGCAGUAGUCCUUACCCUGGAAUGCCUGUGGACUCUAAAUUCUAUAAAAUGAUCAAGGAAGGAUACCGAAUGGAGUCACCGGAGUUUGCCCCGAGUGAAAUGUAUGAGAUCAUGCACUCAUGCUGGGAUGCCGACCCCUUCAAGAGACCUUCAUUCGGCAAGAUAGUUGAGAAGAUCGAACAGCAAAUCUCAGACAGCACCAAACAUAUUUACUUAAAUUUCAGCUCCAGAUUGCCUGCAGCAUCGGGGUCCCAUGAGGGGUCCAGUUCUCACGUCCAGCGGCUGAACUCAGUCGGCACUCACAGCACCACCACUCAGCCCCUGCUCUCCAGCAAUGAUGUUUACUUUGAAGGGACAAGUUCACGUCACCCUCCGGUCUGAAGAUCAAUUCUCAGCAAAAACCAGGCAUUCCAGCAGAUGCCAUUCAUCUCUCUUUGCCCUGGCUAAGUGUCAUUGUAGCUCUCUGACAUACAUGAGGACACUGGUGGAAAACAAUGAUCAUAAAUCUCUUUUUGGAUCCAAGAGCAGUCAUAUUCCUUUUAGUCACCUUUCUUGCAGAUUGUGUAUGCCCCCUGCCAGAAAAGACAGUGAUGGUGUGCGUUCCUAUUAACAUUUCAUGAAUUCGUUGGAACGAUGGGAUAUUUAUCAUUUUUGAGAAAGCUAAUAAUCAAUGCUGGUAUCAUUCCAUGGUACUAUAUCUCCAGCGUGAGUCUGCAAGAUGACUGAACUUGUUUUCUGUAGAAUCCCUUUGCUUUAUUAUAUGGGAUAUGUAAACACAUAAUAAUGCUUCUUUUGCUAAUUGUCAAGUCUUUACAAGUUAAGUGACAGAAGUCUGAUUCAAGAAACAGGCUGAUUCAAGUCCGAGACUAAAAGAAAUCAUCACAGAGAAAACAAUGGAAAUGACUUUCCUAAAACAUUUCUGACGUCUUUUUGACAUGAUUGUCAUUGUCAGUAGUAAAAGAGCCUGCCGUGAGUGGAAAUUGGUUAUUUUCCAAUCAACUAUUCUGCAGGUCAUUCAGCUCGUAAAUUCAGAUAUCACCCACAUAAAGGCUACACUAUUUGGAAACUAUAUGUAUAAGCAGCAAUAACUCAGCAUUGUAACAUUGACAGAAUGAUCAUGUUGCUGCCCAAGCCAAAAACAAGCUACCAAUUGCAUGUUGCGUUCAGGAUAAUAUUUUGUCAGUUGGCAGCUGAGACUGUUUUUCUGUUUAAAUAGACCAAAUUAAGGCGCAUUUCAGUUCAAUGUCAGGAAAGAUGUUGAGGCACGUAGAGGCAAUUCAUCACACUUCAUCGUUUACUUUGAACACUCAGUGAAAUUUUGGUUACAUAGCAGUAUUAUAUUAUUGGCUUGUGUUGUGUUGUUCCUUCCAACCAGGAAGUGUAAUUUAGGACAGUAAAAUGAUCCAGUCAAGCAGCAAUUCAAGCUUGAGGCAUCAAACUUUUAGACAGUGUUUCUUUUAGGGAUCACAUUAGAAUGCUUCGUCCACUUGUGUUUUAAGGAAAAUAUUUGGUAAAGAAUACUUAUUUGUAUGGCACAGACAUAGCUUGUUUCAACACAUUCAAAAUGCUUCGAGUUGUUUUACGCAUGAUGUGGUUCCGUAAUAGUGGACUGUAGAAGAUCAGAAGCUUCUGUAGCAUCGGUUUUGUUCUUUAUUCCAGUUCCAGUGAUCUACAUUUUAUCCUUCAUGAAACUGGAAGACAUAGCGAGUAGUGUUCUCUUGUACAUUUGUAAAUGUUUUGCUGGCUUUUUCUUUCACGUCAAAUUUUGUGCAUAAAAAGUAAGGUAGGAUUCAGUAGUUAUGUCAUCGCUCUGCUUUCUCGUGUUUGCGGAAAUCGCAGGUUAGCAUUUCCUACAGACUUGACUCAGUUACUCUGACUUCUACUUAUCACACCAACUGUUGUGCCUGAAACGUUUUCUCUCCUCUUUAGCCAAUGAGAAUCGUGCGGUUGAAGGUUGAGCCAAUAGAAAGCUGCAGCUGCUGUGUAGAAAAAUGGGUGCCAAUGGCUUCUUGCUCUCCGUAGGAUUAGCCAAUGAAGGAUCUGCCAAUAGAAGGGUGGCUUUCAGAUGGAGGACAAAAAGUGCGGCUUUCUGUUACUUAGAUGAGCCAAUAGGAUUCUCAUUCCACUGCCAAAGAGAAAAGGGCAGAGUUGGGUCUGAAUAGGAGCUACGCACUGAAUGCUUCAGUCGACACCAACCAUAGAACAUCAGUAGUCCAGGCACUCAGUCAGUAGCUCAUUCCCCAGGUCGCCCUCUGUUCUUUGUGUCCAGCUGCUUCCUCCGGCGGAUGUCUCACUUCCACAAAGUCUCAGCCGGGGAGAUCCAACUCGGCCCGUCUCCCAUCUCCACCGCUCCCUCUUCCUUCUCGCCACACUGGAACAUUGUUCCUGAUGGCACUGGCUUUCGCUUCCAUUUGCGCUAAUGUGUUUUGCGUGUGUGUGGGAGCGUGUGUGAAUGUGUAAAUGCAGGUCAUUUGCUGUUAAAAUACCGGAGCACUGAUGGGUUCCUCUUGUAGAACGACUGCAGUUAAUGAACUUCAGAUUGUUUGAAUGAUAGUGCUGAAGCAAUCUAUGUUCAGCUGCUACAUACAUUCCAUCACUGUUUGCUCUUUUCUUAUAUGUAAAUAAUAUAAAUAUAUAUCAUAAUGUUGCUUUUGUUUUGUUAUCACGGUACGUUCUCAUGUGCUGAAAAGAUUUUUGUAUGUUACAGUUUGUCAUUGACGUGAUCAUCUUCUGUCGUUAUAUUGCCUCUUGAUUCAUUUAUUCAUAAGUGCAGUUUUCAGACACAGGUACAGUUGGAUUUAUAUUUAAUCCAUUUAUGUUAUAUUCAGCGUUGCUUGUCGUUUCAGUAUUUUCAGUGAUUGUAUGACCGAUGACUGGAGGAAGAUACGUGAAAACUAAACGCAGACGGUCCAGGAAUUCCAUUUGUGAGUCAUUUAACAGUUCUCGUAAGUGAUUGAAUGGUUUUUGGUCCCUGAAAAGAUUUUUUGUUUAAUGUAUUUUAUUGUAUAUUUAUUUUACAGUUUUUAUUUUCGAAAACAAAUGUGCAAAUUCUGUGUGUAGCUCUUGUUACUUCAGUAUGUAAAUAAAUACCUGAAAACAUCAA